AUGCUUUCUGUGCCUCCCGUGUGCAGAGCUGUGCCGCAGCGGGACCCCCGCGCCGGCAGCGGCAGCCCCGGCAGCGGGCUGAGAAGCGCCUCCCCGCACCGGAACGCCUACGAGGCCGGGAUCCAGGCCCUGCGCGCCACAAAGGAUGCCCUUGGGCCGGCCGAGAGCGAGGAGGCCAAGAAGGCCCGGAGCAAGAAGUAUGGGUCCAACGUGCACCGCAUCAAGAACAUGUUCCUGCAGAUGGGGACCGCCCCGGGCGAGGCCCCCUGCGACCUGGCCAAGGCCCGGGAGAAACCCGUGCGGCUCUCCCUGCCCCGGGCCAGCAGCCUGAACGAGAACGUGGACCACAGCGCGCUGCUCGCGCUGGGCACCAGCGUGUCGGAGCGGGUGAGCCGCUUCGACUCCAAGCCCGACAAGCCGCCCUCCAAGCUGCAGGAGACCCGCAAGAUCUUCGAGCGGAGCCUGCAGGAGAAGGAGGCCACCACCAAGCUCCUGCUGCGGAAGGAGCGGCCCGGCUUCCAGGACAGGAAGCUGGACGUGGUGGUGCGCUUCAACGGCAGCACCGAGUCGCUGGACACGCUGGGCACGGACGCCGUGUCGCCCACCGUCAGCCAGCUGAGCGCCGUCUUCGAGAAGGCCGACCUGAGGAACAACCUGCACAAAGCCCCCGGCAAGGCAGGGCCCCUCAACUCCAAGAUCAUCAGCAAGCGGUCCCGGGUCUUCCUCCAGGGCCCGGAGGGGGGCAAGGGGGAAGCCAGGGCGGGCGAGGGGCCGGCUCCCCAGGGCAGAGCCAGGCACCUUGAGGCCCACGGGUGCCCCCCGGCCGGGCCCCAGGAGGUGCGGAAGAUCAAGCCGGUGGAGGUGGAGGAGAGCGGGGAUUCGGAGCAGGAGCUCGAGGCCGCUGGCCGGGAGAUCCAGGCCGAGGUGACGGUGCACGCCUCCUUGGAGAACAGCAGCCCGGCUGCCAAGGCACACGGACAGGCCCCGGAGGCGGACGCCGGCCCCGCGGAGGAGGGCAAGGCCGAGGGGCAGGAGGAGGCCGACCUGGGCGACGAGUCCAAGAGGGAGGACUUCUCGGAGGCCGACCUGGUGGACAUUAGCGCCUACAGCGGGCUGGGGGAGGACUCCGGGGGGAGCGGGCUGGACGAGGACGAGGAGGCCGACGGGCUGUACGAGCCCGAGUCGAGCUGCGUGGAGAUCCCCGGGCUGUCGGAGGAGGAGGAGCUGGCUCCCAACCGCAAGAUCCAGUUCAGCACGGCUCCCAUCCAGGUAGGCACUGGGCGGGGUAACGGGCCGCCCGCCCACCCAUGGGAGCUGUGCUGUGGGUCUGAACUGGCCCGUCCCAUCCUGGGUGCUCUUUUUCACACUCCCUUGUUCUUUCCUUCACCCUCCCGCCCUGCAGCCGCCAUCUGUCCUUCCGCUCUGCUCCUGCUCCUUCCCCCGGGGCCAGUCGUGGCAAAGGCAGGAGCCCUCUCUCUGCUCCAGGCCUGUCCACUGGCGUUUGCCCGUCGCUUUGCGGGUGCCUCCCUGCUGCCCCAGCCUGGCCGGGGCCCCUUCGCUGGGCGGGGGGAGGGCACAGGGCUGGCCUGGCUCGGAGCCGCCCCCCGUGACUCCACACGGACACCGGGUCUCUCUCUUGCAGACUCCGAGGGGCUGGGAAUCAGUAUUAUCGGGAUGGGCGCCGGAGCCGACAUGGGCCUGGAGAAGCUGGGCAUCUUCGUCAAGACGGUGACCGAAGGGGGCGCGGCUCAUCGGGACGGCAGGAUCCAGGUGAAUGACCUCAUCGUGGAGGUGGACGGCACCAGCCUGGUGGGCGUGACGCAGAGCUUCGCAGCCUCGGUGCUGAGGAACACCAAGGGUAGAGUCCGGUUCCUGAUCGGGCGGGAGAAGCCGGGCGAGCAAAGCGAGGUGGCUCAGCUGAUCCAGCAGACACUGGAGCAGGAGCGGUGGCAGCGGGAGAUGAUGGAGCAGAGAUACACCCAGUACGCGGAGGAGGACGAAGAAACCGGCGAAUAUGCCACAGACGAGGAGGAGGAGAUGAGCCCCAUGUUUCCCAGCAGCGAGAUGGCCAUCGAGGUCUUCGAGCUGGCCGAGAACGAGGACAUGCUGUCCCCCGUCGAGAUGGACCCCGAGAAGCUGGUGCACAAGUUUAAGGAGGUACAGCUGGAGCGGGGGAGGGGAGCUGGGGUGCGGAGUGGGGGGCAGGCAGAGGCGCGAUGCGGCAGAGUCUGGGCGGGAGCGUGCGGGGGCUGUGCUGCUUGUGUGAGCGUGUGCACGCGUGGGUGUGGCCGUGGGCGGUACGUGGGUUUGUGUAUGCAUCUGGAUUCCCAAGGGCAAGGAUGUCUGUGCGCCUUGAAUUUGUGUGUUCACACGUGUGUGUAUGUAGAAGGGCAUGGGGUGUGUGCAUGUGCGGGUCAGUGUGCAGGACAUGGGGGUGCGAACGAGGACAUGCUGUCCCCCGUCGAGAUGGACCCCGAGAAGCUGGUGCACAAGUUUAAGGAGGCUGCGCUGCCCGUCCAGCUGCAGGCGGUGGAGCAGGAGAAGGCUCGCUGGCGAGCCGAGAAGGCCCAGCUGGAGCAGAGCGUGGAGGAGAACAAGGAGAGGAUGGAGAAGCUGGAGGGCUACUGGAUGGAGGCCCAGAGCCUGUGCCAGGCCGUGGACGAGCACCUGAAAGAGACGCAAGCCCAGUACCAGACCCUGGAGCGGAAAUACAGCAAGGCCAAGCGGCUCAUCAAGGAGUACCAGCAGAAGUAAGGCCACCCCCUAUGGA